AUGGCCACCGCCACCGCCACGGCGGCGCCUUCAUUACAUGCUUCUCCUUCUGCUCCACCCGCAAACGAUAUUAUCUCCAGAAAUUAUAAUAGCAAUAAUAAUAAUAAUAAUGUUAACAGUUAUGUUGACAGAGGUUCUGGUCGUCGUAGGUUGUCAGAGGUUUGGAGAGAGGUCCAUGGAUCAAACAACUGGGAAGGUUUAAUGGACCCUCUGGACCCGAAUCUCCGGCUAGAGAUCAUCCGGUACGGCGAGUUUGUCACGGCGUGUUACAAAGCCUUCGAUCUCGACCCGAAUUCGAGCCGCUACUUGCAUUGCAAGUACGGAAAGGCGAGUAUGUUAAGGGAGGUGGGUCUGGGCGGGUCCGGGUACGAGGUUACUAAGUACAUCUACGCUCUCCCCGACAUCGGCAUUAGCUUAUCCGGCGGCGGCGGCGCGGAUGUGGCGCGGUGGAUCGGCUACGUGGCUGUGUGUACGGACGAGGAGGAGGUGAAGCGACUCGGCCGCCGGGACGUGCUCGUCACGUUCCGGGGAACGGUGACGCAUUCCGAGUGGAUAGCCAAUUUAAUGAGCUCUCUAACUCCGGCUAAGCUCAACCCGUUUGAGCCAGCCGACGACGUGAAAGUCCAAGCCGGGUUUCUCAGCCUGUACACGUCAUCCAGCCAAGCGGAGUCGCGGUUGGGGUUAGGUAGUUGCCGACAGCAACUGCUUUCGGAGAUUUCGAGGAUAAUAAAUGAGUACAAAGGAGAGGAGCUUAGUAUAACUCUCGCCGGCCAUAGUAUGGGGAGCUCAUUAGCCACGCUUUUAGCGUACGACAUAACGGAGCUCGGGAUGAACGGCGAGAUCCCCGUGACGGUGUUUUCGUUUGCGGGGCCCAGGGUGGGGAAUUCCGGGUUUAAAGACCGGUGUGAAGGGUUGGGGGUUAGGGUUUUGAGGAUCGUAAAUGUGAACGACCCUAUAACUAAGCUCCCCGGGGUUUUCUUCAACGAGAAUUUUAGGGUCUUUGGGAUGGAGAGAUUGUCUUGUUAUGUCCAUGUUGGGGUGGAGCUUUUGUUGGAUUUUUUCAAGGUGCAUGAUCCGUCCUGUGUGCAUGACCUAGAGUCUCAUAUCAACUUGCUUAGAUGUCCCAAGACGUUAGGUUUGUUCCGCCGGAGAGACGGCGGCGAUUUCGAUUUCGUCCGGCUGGCCAAGGAGAUGUUCCGUUCCGGGGAGAAAAACAUCGCCGGAUUCCAAUGGGAAUGGACCAAAGCAGCUCUUUGGCUUUACCUACUUUUGACUGUCAUUAACCUAGACUCUUACACUCUACUUAACAUGUAA